AUGCUUUCCCACCGCCUUGCAGUUGCCUCCAUCCUCUUAGCUGGCUUGUCAUGUAGUAUUCCUACCAAGAGCCUGCCAACGUCGUCACCGAUAUAUCAGCUCGGUGCGGCUUCUGCUUCAUCGCUCGACAUGGGCUGGAAUAUGCUGCUUGUAGUCUCAAACACGGCAAACAAGCCGCUGCCUCAGUCUAACUGCGUUGAGAACCUGCAACCACGCAUUCAUCACAAAUUGGAUGCGCGCAAGAUUGACACGCAAACCUACGACAUCGCAUAUACAGUGGGAGGGAUAUGUCUGGGCUUGGGAUACGUUUCGUGGCCCGAGACAGAACCUGCCACGGCUACCGCAAUCAUCGAGAUCAACGAUGAAUGGGAUAUCGAGCCUACCGUCACUAUUGCCGGUCAUAAUACGCUCGUCACGUCUUCGGCCAAUGCUUGCUUGGCCGAAUCACCCGUCGUCGCUUGUGUCCUGCUUCGCUUCACCACAGAUGUACCGGAACGAUUCAAGGCUCAAUGGAGUGCAGAAGCGCUGCAGUGCUGCACGGUGCAAGCUGUCGCAGACGGAUGGGUCCACCUCGAGAAGAAGGAGCUCGUUCCCCACUCCUCUGCUCUCAUUGCGACCUGUCAUUGUGGUAGAUUUCCGGUCAAACCUGUCUGUACAGUCCUUGGCAACACGAUGACAGGCUGA